GGGAGAAAAUGUCAGCGUACAACGAGGAACGACAGAAAAAAGACGAAAAGCAACACACACACACACACUUUAUAAGGUGUCACGAAAGCGGAAACCCACGAAAAGACAGGCAGUUUUCGUUUUGCUGCUGGUGGUUUGAUGAUUGAUUUCCCCUGCUCCGGCAUUACCCACCUAGGGUACAUCACACAUGCUGCACCGUACGGAAUGCUUUAAAUUUAAAAAAAAAACACACACACACACAGCCACACACACAAAGUUGGAUCGCACAGCACUAACACACACAAAGCGUACCGUGCAUAGAUGAUGAAAGGGACAAGAUAGCAAAACUUGUUUUUUUUUUACGGAAUUGAAUAAAAAAAAAACCCACUACGGUUGCGGAAUGUAAUUGGCACCAGAAAUUGCAACACACCGGAGAAAGACACCACGUGCCUGUAGCGCACACAUACACAAACACACAAGCAGACGCGCGAGUUCCGCUAAAAGCAUGCAAAGAGAUCGAUAAUCAUCUAGCGAGAUUCAUUGGUAAGAAAAUCAAAGGAUUCCAUGGAAAAACGGGGCACAUCGCACUACGAAAAGGACAUCAGCAGCAGCAGCAGCAGCAGUCGUAGUAGACAUCGUCGAUGCGUCUACUCACAGUCCACACAUACACUGUUCGGGUUUCGUAUGAGAGUUUACACGCAUAUCUACAUCCUGGAAUGCGAGCGUGCUACGAGCAGAAGGUCGAAAUGUUACUUCACACACCACGAUGGCGGUGGUGCAGAUGUUACAGUCCGGGUACGUGUUUCCCCGGGUUCUUCGCAUCCAGCACAAGCACCAGCAAGUGAAAUUCGAUCGAGACAUGGACUGUUGGAAACAAAUUCCUGCAGCGAUUUCACACUACAAUCGAGCCACGGCCACUAUAACCACCGCCGACCACCGACCACCAACGGUGGUAGUACCGCACCGAUGUAG